AGUUGCCACCACAGCAGAUACAUCAUCCAUUCGUCCAGGUGGACAGAAAAGGAAGGAAAACUGAAGAUGGGGCUUUUGGCUUUCUUUGGUCUCAGCUUCCUAAUUGCUGCUCCAUUUUUGAGAGGUGCUGAGGCUGCCUGCUGCCACAUGGACUGGUUGCCGUACGGUUCCUACUGCUACAAACUCUUCAGCGAUAAAGUGAGCUGGGCUGAGGCAGAGAUUGCCUGCCAAGAUUACUUCCUCGGCGGUCACCUGGCCUCCAUCCACAGCGCGGAACAAUCUGCCGCGCUGGCCAAGUACAUCAAUAAAUACCGCAAAGAUGGAAGUUGUGUCUGGAUUGGACUGUGUGACCCCCUGAAGGUGGGGGUCUUAUUGCUGGCUUAUUUUGGCUUCUAA